AUGUCGAAGAAAAAACGCAUCGGAGGUCACUUCGAUAUUGACAAUGCAAGGAAGAGAGUGAGCGAAGACAAUGAUUGCGUGAAGCGAGUUAAAGACCAAAUCGAAGCGCUUCAACAAUUUGAUCUCGCCGACAUGCUGUUGUCAAAAGGUCUAAAUUUAACGGAGUCGGAAACGCUUCAACUUCUUUCUGCCAAGAUGACCUUUCAAGGUGUAUAUAUUCUUAGGAAAGCUAUCAAACAUAUUCCAUCAAAUGUGAAGAGAAUGACGGCGGGUCAGUCCUUACGAGCAAAUUUGAUAUGGGAUACGUUUGAUGCAUUAUGCCUCUCCACCAACUGCCAGCCUUUACUAAAGCCUUCUGUUGAUCAGCUUUCGAGCUAUACACUAAUUUUGGAACGCUGGUGUUCGUCUUUCCUUGCCCUCGAAGAUUUGACGAAGCAUGUAAGUGAAACAUAUAUUUCACCGCCGCUUUCCUCGUGCAUUAGAUGCGACAAACUCCUCACGAUGCAUAACCUCCCGUCAAAGGCAACUUUGUAUACCCUGGAUGGCCCUGUUCUUUGCGCGAAGGUCUCUCUUGAGUGCAAGAAUUGCCUUAUUCGUUUUGGAAUGUGCAAUUACAGCGACGAAAUUGGGACACAUCUGUAUCCAGCAGACGUAGAAAACCACAAUCGUUUGGUAGAAGUGAGCAACGUUACAUACUUCGACAUCGCCUUGUACCGAUGGAUUCCAUCAUUGAGGUAAUUUCAAAUUCUAAAGUUUACUUUGUAAAAUCCAAAAUGUAUGCACUAUAUAGUUUAUAAUAUGAAUGAUUUAAUAUUGAGGGUUUAGCAACCACAGUUGGGUGUCGUUUAGCGGCUUCUCUGAGGCUUACAAUGAAAUUUUUCAACAGCAGAUAGACUCUUUUGCUUUCCGCUUAGAAGGUAUGUUGUAUUAUUAAUCUCUGUUCUGCAUAACUGCUAAUUUAUUUUACAAAUAAUAGCACAAACCUUAAUCCGAUCGCUUUCCACCUACAGCAAAGUUUAUAUUUAAUAUCCAAUCAAAAUGUCGCAGGAGAAAUUUAAAUUUCAUACGACAACAAUCUAUUAAUUAAAGUAUAAUAAUAAUGUAACAACAACAAUAGUAUAUGAUUUUUUCUGUGUUGGUGUUGUGUACUUAGGUGAAUAUGAUAUUUGUGAUGUUACUCUCAGUGUAUAUUGCUAAUUUAUUUUACAAAUAAUAUUCAAAUAAUAUUCCAAAGGUCGUAGGUUCGAUUCCCACCAUGGCCGGGCAUAUUUUUCAAGCUUGCCCGUUGUGGAUAUACACUCAGAGUAACAUCACAAAUGACAACAAUAGUAUAAUCUAAUUAGCACCAACCAAUCAAAUACAGAUUAAAAAAUCUUUUGUCUCCUAGACCAAUCAGAUUUACAACCGAAAUACGGUUGUACGGCAUAGUUUUUCAAUAAGGUUUGUAUCAUGCCUAUUUAUUUAUAGACCUGAGCGCAGGCACAAAAUAAGCGUUAUUUGUUAAUUUUUUGCAUAAGCGUUAUUCGUCAUGAUUCGUCACUCGGCAAGUACCGCAAACAUGCGCCAUUUUUCAUAUUUCCAGGGGGGGGCUGCUUCUGUUUACGGUACUUGCAGUGACAAAUCAUGACGAAUAACGCUUACGCAAAAACAAUGGUGAUGGACUUCUGGAUGGUAUUCUGUGUCGCAGGUUACAUUACUGCUUGUUAGACAACCUCGUAACUAUGGUCUUUCCUCUUGGCGAGGGGAGAAAAGACUGACCAAAACUGUAUUAGAACUAACAAAGUGCAGAGGGCACAACCCACAUGCCAAACAGCAAUCAUGAGAAUUGCAUUGUUGUUCUAUCAAACAUUAAGAAUUUUGCCAGCUACAUAAAUUAGGGUUGCUGCCUGGCUGAAUGCUCGCUCACUACGAAAGCAAUUAUUAAAAAGAGUGAACAAAGUUGUGUUUGCUAAUUUUAUAUAAUUAGGCUCUGUCGAUUUGAAAGAAACAGCUGAAGACACAGAAGACACUGAGUGCAAUGUUG